AUGUCUGUUGUCUCGCUGCUCGGCGUGCGGAUUAUGAACAAUCCUGCCAGCUUCACCGACCCAUACAACUUUGAGAUCACUUUCGAAUGUCUGGAGUCGUUGAAAGAAGAUCUCGAGUGGAAACUCACAUACGUCGGUUCUGCUACCUCCGCCGAGCACGAUCAAGAGCUAGACACCCUGCUUGUCGGUCCCAUCCCUAUCGGCGUCAACAAGUUCAUCUUCGAAGCCGAUCCUCCUAACCUCUCACGCCUGCCCUCCUCCGAGAUAUUGGGUGUCACUGUCAUUCUCCUCACCUGCUCAUACGAUGGAAGAGAAUUCGUACGCGUUGGGUACUAUGUGAACAAUGAAUAUGAUAGCGAGGAGUUGCAGAACGAUCCCCCUGCCAAACCCGUCAUCGAGCGUGUUCGACGCAACAUCCUCGCAGAAAAGCCCAGAGUCACUCGCUUCGCCAUCAAAUGGGAUUCCGAAGACUCUGCGCCAGCCGAAUAUCCACCUGAGCAACCCGAGGCUGAUCAACUCGAUGACGAUGAGACUAGAUACGGUGCUGAGGAAGCCGAUAUGCAGGCCGCGUUGGAGAAGGAGCUGGAGGAAACCGAAGCUCAAGUCGCCAAAGACCCUGUUGGUGCUGAUGCUGAGAUGGGCGGGACCGAGACUGCCAAGAAAGAAGACGACAGCGAUGCUGGCAGCGAAGAUCUCGAGGAGGAAAGCUCAGACGAUGACGAUGAUGAGGAAGAAGAGGGCGAAGGUGAUGAGGACAUGGAGAUGGCCGAUGGCGAAGAGAAGCCGGCUGAAUCCCAAGCCAACGGUGACAAGAAGACUGAGGGCAAACAACCCGAAGUCAUGGUCCACUAG